CGAAGCUCGUCUGAUCACGUGAGGAUGCCUCACUCGGAGGGGAAACGCCACCGUUUCCGCUAUGCAGAAAAGGCUAUCUAGCAUUACACAUUCAAAACAAUCUAACCUUUUUAUGUUGCUUAAUCAUGUUCUUAUUUAUAAAAUAAAAAUCGUAAUAAUACUAUCAAGAUAUUUUCAUUUCAAUUAUAAUAAUAUCCAUACUAUACUGCUAUGAGGCAAAAAUAAAUACUGAAGAUCAAACAGAGGAUCAGAAGGAUGGAUAAUGGUGAGAUGGCAAUAUUUUUGGUAUAUUACCAAUGAUGUGCUGAUGUAAGCAUUUUGUAAAGAUCUAGUGGAAUUCUAUUACUCAAGCUUACGGGGGAUUUAGAGAGGAUGGUCCAAAAAAAGGCCACCUCCAGUGGGCGGCAUUUCUAUGGGGAAAAAUACCUUGUCAGUGCCAGAGGUCAGAGGGAAAAAAGGCCAGACUGUCUAGAGUUGAUUGGAAGGAAACAUAUUGUAAUAUGUUAUAUUAUAAUAUACAGUAUUUAAUGCAUGGGUUAGCUACUGAGGGUGUACACACACAGACAAAAGCCAGAAAUGUUUGCAGUGUUGAGGAGAAGAACACUGAUGGAGUUUAUGAUCGUGCCAAAGCAUUUGUUUUGUUCAUGAAUAUACCUCAUUGUUGAGCACUGAGUAAACAGAAAAGCAUGAAACGGACAUCCACACACACAGACUUUUGUGCAGUUUCUUCAGCAGCUCGUGAGAACAGCAUGUACUCGGUGCCUGCUCAGCCUGAAUGACUGGCUGUGUCCUCUGUUCUGUGCACAGUCACAGAUCACACUGGAUGUCUUGGAGAAAAACAAAGACUUAGACCAAAGAUGAUGCCAGCGGAGGAUGUUCUUUCAAGAGUUAGAAUAACUUUUAAUUUUUUGUCAAUCAUGUCUUUGGGUUUCUUCAACUCAGGUGAGGUGUUGGCCGUGAAUAUGACGAUUCCUAACACUGUGAUCAGAGGCACACACGGAGGGGAGGCUGUUCUGUCCGUCUCUUACAGUAGUUUUAGUGCUGACCUGCCAGUUAUCAAAUGGCAGCUGAAGAGAGAAAAGUCCGUCACUGUGGUUCAGUCCAUUGGAACUGACAUCAUCGGGACACUGAGGCCCGAAUAUCGUGACCGCAUCUUGGUUUUUGAGAACGGGACACUUCUGCUUCACAACCUCCGAUUCUCUGAUGAUGGAAUAUAUGAUGUGGAGAUCUCCAUCACUGACGAUACCUUCACAGGAGAAGGUAGCAUCACACUGACUGUGGAUGAACCCAUAUCAAAGCCCUACAUUCACACAGAGUCUUCAUCCAUCCUGGAGCUCAGUGAAAAUGUGGUCCUGAACUGCUCCCAUGAAAAUGGAACCAGGCCCACAUAUGGGUGGUUCAGAGGUGGAAAGCCUCAGAGCAACGAGACCAGAUUCUCAUUGUCUCCAGACAAGAAGCUCUUGACAAUAAGUCGGGUGUUAAUGGCAGAUGAUGACAUCUACAGCUGCACGGUGGAGAAUCCUGUGGGGAAUGUAACCAGCAUCCCUUUCAGACUGACUGUCUACAGGAGAAGUUCUCUCUACAUCAUUCUUUCCACUGGAGGCAUCUUCAUCCUCAUCACAUUAGUAACAAUAUGUGCCUGCUGGACGCCAUCCAAAAAGGCAAGACGUCGAUCCAGAAAAUCUCUUGCCAGGUUGUAUGAUCAAUAUCAGCAUUCAGUUGUCAAUGACAGAGAAGAUAUGCUUCCCAAACGAAGAGAGCAUAAUGGAAUCAGUGCAGUGACAUCACUCUACAUCCUGCAGCAAAAGGAGCCCUCCAUUGAUGACUCGUCCAGCAACAGUGCUGGCUCUCCAGAACAUGACGGACCACCGUGUUUCAAUAAUCAUCCCAAGUUCAACGGUUCUCGCACGCAACCCUGUGGCUCUCCUGUGUGCUCCCCUCAUAGCUUCACCGUCUGAAAAUCUCUGCACUGCACCUUCAUCAUGUCCCAGCAGCUGAAAGGCUGACCUUGGGACAUGAGACUGUCCUAAUGAAGUCCUGUUCAACAGCAACCUUCUCCAAAUCUGCCCGAGGUAUAGGAACCACUUCAGUCCAUGUCAUGUGUCGGAUGAUGUUAUUUUGUUCAGUCGCUGCUUUCAUGGAUAUGUAGUAAGGAGAAAGUUGAGUGUUAAGAGUGAGGUUUCAAAAAGCUCUUGACCACUUUUGAAUUUUUCCUUCGUUGCAUUUGAUGCUCAAAGGUGCAACUUUUGCACAGUUACGGAAUAGGAAAAGGUAACCAGGGUGAACAGAGUUCUUCCUAUUACACCUACUUGUGGUUUAAUAAUAUAAUAAAGCUGAGUUGUUCCCAAUAACUAAACAUUGCAUUUUGAAGUAUUGGUCUUGGAAAAAAAAAAUCAACCCAGAAAUGUGACUGUCUGUAGUGUUGUCAAUGAAAUUCACUUUGUAGUUUUGAAAGGGUUGUACUAAAUAUUUACAUUAUUCUGUAAGUGAAGUCACACUGUGGUAAACAUAUUUUAUGUUUGAGGGGUUUUGUACAAAUAUGUUAAUAAAAUGAGAAUAUUUCAAAAUAUAAUGCAGAAAAUAAGUUAUUCAUUUUCAAGAUCAACAGCUCAUUUCUUACAUCAUGUUUUAACUGUUUUUUCAUCAGUUAAAGACAUACAUAAGGACAAUACUACAACUGUUCCACAUUGAUUUAUAUCAUGGAAAGCAUAUUCAUUUUGGUGCAGUACAACUGCUCCAAAAGAACACAGAGAUCCACAGGGAUACACAGGGAACACACAAGAGUGGUCCAAAAGAAACAGUGAGAAAGAAUUUCACUAAAACAAAAUACGAUGAAUGUCAACAGAACCUGAUCUGAACAGAGCUGGACACAAAGUUCUGACUUUGACGUUUUAUUGACAUAAGGAUUUUGUACUGAGACAAUAUUCAUUUACAAUGGGGUUACAACAAUAUAACUAGAAAUAGUACAUUUGUAGGAGUCUACCACAGCUCUCUCUGGAUAAUUUGGAAAGCCACCUUCAGUGGAACUGCUAGAAACAAGAUACUACAGUCAGGACCUGGAGUGACAGGGAGUGGAGGGGGGGGAUGGUGUUAAAUGGGGCAAGUCCACAGACCUUUGCAAUGCAAUCAACAGUGGGUUAAUGCAUGCACAUAAACACACAUCAGUAAUUUAAAAAUAGCGCCACCAGCAGACCUUAUUCUCAGAAUAAAAAACUAUUUUGUUACUAAACAGAUAGAGAUGAGGCAUUAUUUGAUGUCAUGAUAAAACCAUACAUUUGGACUUAAAUUCAUUUGCUACACAGCACCCUCACUUUACUACAUCAUACUAGAGGAACUAGGUUAGAUUCUGUAUGCACUCUACAUUUCUAUGGAACAUUCAGUGGCAACAUUACAUCGACAUGAAGGUAUUAAAACAUCAACUUGGCAUUUUUUGGGGGAAUGCUCAGUCCUGUGAGACUGGUUUGGCUGAUUUUAACUGAACACAAAAAAAUAAAAAACACCACAGGCACCAAAAGAAAAUGUGAAACACAUUUCAAGCACAGAACUGGGGCUACUGCAAUAA